AUGCGUCGAUAUGGGCAGCCGAGCCCACGUGGUCACCUUUGCUACUCGAGAGAGUCGGUAUCCACGUCUGCAAAUCGAUCGCUGCGCCCCUCGAGCACCAGUCGAAAGUCCACACCAAACGAAGGAGCUCUCGAGUCCCAGACAAUCCCCGACAGCGUGAUGGCGGGCGACGAUAUCUGGCAGGAUGAGAUCUUCGGAUCCGUGGCUCGUGACCGAUCCAACCCUACCUCCCGCUCUUCCUCCACCGUAUCCCCCGCCGACCAGGCGGCCCCCUUCUUCCAGUCGGUCGGCGACGUCAGUCUCAGCGAUGCCCACCUCGCCGCGGCCGGAGAAGAGGGCGAGCCUAAAUUCACCGGCUGGGACGGGUUCUGGUCAGAUCCGCUCUUUGAGAAUGUCGCCGGUCGGCGCGACCGCGCCGCAGGGCAGCAGGACCGCGAGUUCUGGAAGUAUGAGCUGGAUGAGGCGAUCCCGCUCCCGAGUCUUUUCCCCUCUCUCGACACCGAUGCGUGGAACGAGCUGCGAUUCCGCAAGUCGGCCAUUGAGUUCUGGUCGCGGCCCAUUGGGACGGAGCCCGCCGGACUCUAUCUGCGCACCGAGAUCGAGCUCAAUGGAGCGCUGGACGGCGUGUUCCAGGUUUUCCGGACGGUCCUCGGGGAGGCGGUACAGCCCGUCCUGCGGCUGUCGGCCUAUCUCGGGCUGACCAUGGAGCAGGAUCAGACCAUGGCCAUCGACGGGGUUUCCCUGUCCGGCAGCUUGAUCGGACUCCGGACGCCCCUGCCCCCGGUGCUGGAGCUGGUCACCAUCCUGUCAGUGGGCUUACGCCUCAACGUGGGCAGCACGACCAAUGUGGUCGGGGAGACCAGCGCGGUGCAGGCCGGCGUCUUUGGCGAUCUGCAGAUCCAAUUACCAGGUCUGACGGGGUCGUUGCAAUUGGAGUAUGAAGCGGAUCUCUCCGAGAAUUGGCUGGAGCUCAAUAUGAUCAUCCCGGGCAACAAGAAAUGGGAGAACGCGCUGGGAGCGGACUCGUUCCAUCUGGACGAAGUCCAUUUCUUCGCCAAGAUCCCUCUUCAGACAACCACCCCAGCAGACACAACAACCACCUCUGGGGAUAUCAGCUCUGAUGUUAUCGCUCUCCCCGAUCCGCAAGCUCUGCUUUCCAUUGCCGCAACGGCCAGAUGGAAGGGCUCCAAUGGGGCAGACAUUGGCCUGACGGGACUGAUCGUCAAGGGACGACCCGAUGCUAAUGUUCAGUCAGAUCUCUCGUUUCUAGAAGGCCAUAUGGCAAAGGUCACGUGGUCCGACAUCAAGCGUCUCUUCAGCGAUGUGCACGGCCGGGAUCUCGACGACACCGAGCAUGAGAUUACCUGCGAGAAUCUCACGGUGCGGAUCUCGCAGGCCCAGUUCCUUCUGCAGGGGUCCUUGACAAUCAAUGGUCGGGCGCUGGCCAAGGCCACGAUUGCGAUCACGCGGGCGGGCAUUGCCAUCACCGCCGAGGUGGACAAGUGGGAGGUCGGCGACGGCCUCGUGGUCAUCGAACAUGCCGCGCUGACCUUGCUGGUGGGCAGUCGCAGCGACCAGGACAGCAGUGCUCCGCGUCAACGGGAGGACGAGCCGCCCACCAAGAGACGACGGACCACGGGCGGUCCGGAGAAGGAGAAGAAGGGAUGGAGUGGGUCCUUGGAGGUGACCGGUCGAGUGCUCAUCCACACCGAUGGACAGCAGGGCAAGAGUGGACAGCCCCCGGUGGAGGUGGAUGUCACGCUGGCCAUGGGCAAACAGAACCAGGAGUGGUUCUGGGUGGUGUGCGGCCACCUCAAGGCCGAUCUCUCCUUGAGUCGGUUUGUGUCAGCCAUCGACGAAAACUCGGACAUCGAUCUGCGUCUCAAGGAGAUUUCGUUGAUUGCUUCGAGCACGAAUAGUCCGACUUGUAGUUUGGACACUAAUGGCUAUACCAUUCAGCAAGGCAGGUCUUCUUACUUUCACACGUUUGUGCCGCUGUUGGAGCAAGUGCCGCUGCUGCAGAUGGGCGACAUGGUGAAGAAGCCCGCGGCGGGUGAUCAAUCGUACCUCAGCCUGGGCUGGGCCAAGGGGUCCAGCAUUCCCUGCGUGUCCAUCUACUUGCCUGAGUCUUUGAAGAUCGAGAUGGGGCCUCGGUUCCGGUCCCGUCGCUUCCAGCUUUCCCUGGGCAGCUCCGCGACCGGCGGGGUGGCGUUCGCAUUCCGCGGCAUCUUUGACGUCAAGGUGGGCGACGACAAUAGCUGGUACAAGUUUGACCUGAAGAUGGCCGUGGACCCGAUCGGUGCGGAUGGCGAACUCAAGCUCACCAGACCUUCUGUAUCUCCAGGACCACGACUGGGCAUCGGACUGAAGUUCAACUGGGCCCAAUUAGCCGCCUCGGGUAUGCCUAUCGGAGCAGGCAUCAAGGGCAGCCUCUACCUCGACAACAACAUAGACAAAACCUAUGACCUAGUGCUCUACAUCUGUGAGGAUCCGCGGGACAUGGUCAUCAAGGCCGAAGCCCCGGCAAUGGACUACACCGAGAUCAUCCAGUUCGUGGCCGCAGCGAUGGAUACCCAGAUCCCGACGACCGACGUGACACUCUUCCGCUUCCAGGACGUGCUCAUCUACGCCAGCAUGGGGGCCACCUUUGGCGGAGAACACUAUCCGGCUGGCUUUCGUUUCAAAGGCAGGCUGAUCAUCUGCGACCACGAGGCCGCCAUGGACGCGUCUCUGACCACGGAGGGUCUGCGGCUCAAGGCGUGGCUGCAGACCUUCCGACUGGGGCCGCUCAGUGUCGGCGGAGAUAUGGUCCUGCCGGGCAAGGAGGGGACCUUCGCGCUGCUGGACAUGGAGCUGACCCGGGAACGGCAGGCGUUUGUGCUGAAUGGGUUCGUGGAGCUCUUCGACCUGCGCGCGGCGGUGGACGUGCAUAUCCAGCUACUGCCUGCCCCGAUAUUCUACUUCGACUUUGAGAUGCAGUGGAGCACCUUGCUGGCCAUCAAGGCCAAGGCCAAAAUGGUCGGGGGCACCGACCUCAUGUGCAAUCCCCGCGAGGCCAGCUGGGAGGUCAGUGCCGAGUUCGAGCAGACAAUUAUCCAGGAGAUGGCCCGGAGUUUGGAGCGAGCUCUCAAGGCCGUGCACGAGAAGGUCGAGGCCAAGAUCAACGGUGCCAAGCAGGCGGUUGCGGACGCGGAGCGAGUCUACAAGGAGAAGAUCGCCAAAGCACAAGCAGAUUUGGAAGAGGCCCGGGCCAAGUACCAGGCCGAGAAUGACCGACUAGACCAGGAGUUGGAUCGUCUGGAGCGGGAAACACAGGCCCAGUCUGCCGUCCAUCGCGACGCGGUCUUCGAGAAGAAAAAGGAGGAGUCGUCCGCUGUGGCAGAGGCCGAGACCGUCCGCGACCACACCAUCCACGAGGCCAAUGCGGAGGUCCAAGAAAAGGAACGGGCCUUGAACCACGAGGAGUCGCGAGGAACGAGGGAGCGCAACGACGCCAUCUCCGACCGCGAACGGAGGAGACAAGAAUUCAUGGCCAAGUUUGGCGAUGCCGAAGCCGCCGUGCAGCGCGCGCGGGACAACGUGGCUAAUGCCAAACGAACGGUUGAGAAUCUCCGCAGUCAAAUUGGUGACCUGGAAAACAGACUCAGUGGGCUGCGAUGGUUCCAAAAGGCCCUCGCCUUGGAUACACACCUUCAGAUCGCUGCCCUCGGGAUCCAGUAUGGAACCGCCAGGGUAGGCCUCGGAGUGGCGGACGGAGCCCUCGAGCUAGCGCAGAAGAUCAUGCAAUCUCAACUAUUCCACGACCUCACCCAGGCCCUGCACCACGCCUGCGAAGCGGUCGAAACAAUCAAGCGGCAGGUGGACAACGCCAUCAACGCCGCGCGGGACCACCUGCACAACGCGCAGAAAAUGCUGGAUGUCGCCAAGUCCGCCGCACAGGGCAAGUUCGAAGAGGCCCGGCGGCAGGCGCGCGAGAUGGUGGACACCGCGCAGAGGAUCCACGACAACUACGUGGAGAAGCAGGAACAGGAGUCCAAGAAACUCCGCAUUCAGUUGCAGCAGCUGGAGAAUAGUGGCCUGAGCGCGGGGGUGUCGCUCGCUGAGGGACUGCUGGAGGCGGCGAAGAACAACAACGCGGCAUUCCUCGCGGCGCAGGCCGGCCUCGAUGCCGUCAAGAUCGUCGAGGGCGCCAUCUACGACACGCUGCGCACGAUGAUCGAGGCCGCAGCGACCCUGUGUGAUAUCCGCGUGGUCAGGCUCCGGGGCACCAUCACCGCCCGACCGGAGGAGCAGUCCGCUUUCCAGAUCUAUUUGGAGGGCACGCUGGUCGGACAGGAUUUCAAUUUCGAUCUUGUAUAUUACCCCGGCAAGACGAUUGAGUUCUUGGAAGGGUUGGCCAAGGAGGCAAUGGGGCACCUGAAGUUGACUUAG